GCACUUUGGACCUCAUCCGAGUCGAGCAUCGGCCCAGACAUCCUGCAUCCUGGCCCAACGGCCGUGUCUAAGCAAUAGCGAGCUGCACCACCCUGCUUGAAAUGGCGGACUCGCAGGUCGUUUGUGGCAUACUCGAUGAGAUGACCAGUAGUAUGGCAUCGGUGCGAGAGUUGGUGCAAUCCCUUAAAGAAAAAUUAAAAACUGCGGAUGACAUGGAUAUGAAGGACGGAAUCUCUUUGCUUUCCCUCAAACAUCACCUGCUUCUAUCGUACUUGCAGUCACUUGUCCUGCUCUCUGCACGCCGAGCAACUGGAGACUCCUUAACAGAGAGAGCACCAGCCAGUUCGCCUUUCAGUACUGUCGAUCGAGAGGCGCGAGGCUCUGGUGCUGGUGAUCUGGUCGACUCUAUGAUAGAGGGUCGUAUUGUACUAGAAAAAAUUAAAGUCCUGGAAAGCAGGAUGCGCUACCAGAUCGAGAAGCUCGUCAGAGUCGCGGAAGAAGUGCCUUCUAGCAAAGAUGUAGCCGAAGAUCCCCUCGCCUUCCGUCCAAAUCCCAAAAAUCUCGUUGACAACGAGCAACACUCCGACGAGGACCAAGACGCUCGUUCAGAUGUUGAAGACCUCGAUGGAAUCUACCGCCCUCCCAAGCUCGCGCCCAUGCCCUACACCGAAGCUGCCGCUGACAAGCGUUCUAAACGACAGCCCGUUCCUAAGGCACUUUCUACCCUCCUUCACCAAGACCCCUCGCGCCCGCACAUCGAGAGUACAUCCGGCCUUGGCUCAAUGCCCUCCCUCGCGUCUGACCGCGCUCGCGAGAUCCAACGUAUAAAAGACUUCGAGGAGGAGAACUUCACUCGGUUGAUCAUGAAGAAGAAAGAUGCGCGUAGGCGGCGAAAAGAUGAAGAGGAUUUGGCUCUCGGGGGUACGGGUGCUGGAAAGGGUAGGAAGCGAGGUCGGGGCUUGGAGGAUGAGUUUGCGGAUGUGCUGCACUCAGUCGGGCGCACGAAGACGGGGGUGCUCGGCGAUGGAUAUGAAGAGCUGAGGCAAAGGGGCAAGAAAGCUGACGCACUAUCGAGAUCUCGCACGACAUGGAAGGGUGAUCUUGAGGGCGCAGACGAAGACGGGCCACGACUGAAGAAAAAGACAAGGUUCGAAAAGGCAAAGACCACUCUACACAAGAAAAUGAAGUCAAGAAAGAGAUAGUUUUGACUAGUCUCCCCUAGGCAGACCUUAGACGAAUGAAGAUAGUCGUGGCAGGUUAUGUCGUUCAUGCUCUACGUACACUUCACACCGCCCAAAUCCGAAUUGUCCGUACUGUAGACCGUUUAUUGAGCUUGAAGACAGCAUGAGUCCGGCGCUCAGUCGCGUGAUCAUGAUGGAACUCGAUGUUGACCGAAUUGCAAGUAGAUAUGGCACUGCGAGAGUCAAAGAUCGAGCUCUCCCGGGCCCGGAUGCCGUGUAUCGACAAUUUGAAAAUAUCGACUGACAGAAGUACUGAGUAGCAUCUGUCAUCUGCCCACCUGCUGCUGUGAUCAUUGCUGGGGCUUGUCGAUGUUUGGCUAUCCUCUAGAUCCACAUCGAUGUGCUCGAACUUCAAAUUUCAAACGAAAUGUACCUCGGGCGAACAACAGCACGGCUG